UGCGGUCGGGCGGUCGUCAGUUUGGACCAAAACGGACAGACUCGGACGAAUCUGGCUCCUGCAUUGGAGUUGGCCUAACCCUAAUCGAUCAAAUCCCUCCGGUCCAGCCAUGCUGCCGCCGACGCCGCCGGAGCGGUGGUCCAUCCUGGCUCGAAUCCCUAAAGUUGUGAAGGACAAGGAGGCGAAGCGCACCUUCCCGCCGGGCGCCGACGUCUCCGUCGCCUGCGACGUGCGCCCCCGCGCCUCAAUCCUCACCGUGCCGAUCCGCAUCUCCCCGCCGCCCUGCCUCCCCAGCUACCCCUACGUCGCCGCUGCGGACUCCUCCGGCCUGCUCCUCCUCUGCGCCACGGAGCCUGGCGGAGAGGUCACCUACCACCUCUGCCACGCGCGCACAGGCGAGGCCACCAUUCUCCGCGACCACGACUGCCCCAUGGGCUUCGACGGCGCCAACGUCGGCCUAAUGGUGAGGGGCGACAGCUGCGUGGUCGCCGAGCUCCAGCCCUCCGGCGACGGCUCCGGCCGCGCCACGCUCCUCCGCUACACGGUGGGGCAGUACAAGUGGGCCGUGACGGAGCUCGCCUACUCGCCCCCGCUGCACCGGCAGUGGUACUGCGAGGGGGUCGUCUCCCACGGAGGGAUGCUCUGGUGGGUGGAGCUCUCAUACGGCCUCCUCACCUGUGACCCCUACUCCGACAAACCGGAGCUGCUACACGUCCCGCUUCCGACGAUCAUCGACCCGCUUCCCGGAAAAGUGGCAAAUUUGGCCAACAGGGCCUCCCACAGCUGCGUGAAGGUGAGCAGUGGAAGGCUGAGGUACGUGCAGAUCCAUGGCGAUCCCGACGCCCCGGUGGUGAGCACGUGGGCGCUCAGCGAGGCUGGUAAAUGGAACCCUGAGCGCAGUGUACCCUUGCCGGACAUUUGGGCCGACGAGAGCUACCUUGACGCCAUGCUGCCAGGGAGCAUCCCCGCGCUUGCGCUCCUCGACCCCGCGGACCCGGACAAGCUCUACUUCUUCCUCGGCUCCUGCAUCUUCGCCGUGGACCUGCGGCGGAGGAAGGUUGUGGAAUCCGGUGAAUUUGAUAUGCCGGAGCCGCCAAACCAGCUGAUCGUGCGCUCUUCCCACUUGGUCCAUGCAUGGCAGUAUGAUCCUUCAAGCAGCCGGUCUGACUCUGUCCCGGCAUGCUUGAGGCAGGAGAAGGAGACUGCUGCUCGGAGCAGCUGGGCUGCUGCCAUGCCCUUCCGACGUAAAACUGAUAAAAUACAGAAGAAGUAUCGUUAUAAUUUAAUCAUGCGGCAGCAGCACGGAAUAAUGAUGAAGAAACCCGCUUUGCAAUGAGGCCAUAGAUAUCGCCAAAAGGCAAAAGAGUAGGCCAUAGACGUGGGCAAGCUGCAUGGUGCAUCUCUCAUGCAGUCUCUAAUUAAAAUAAAAUCCGGAUCUAAAGAUUGGAAACUAAUCUUAAUGUAUCAGUAUAUAUUGAGUGGUACAUCAAUGAACAUUGCUUGAAUUCC